UGGUAGAUUGGCCUCCGGCAACAUCUCAGAAAACAUUCCAUUAGGCCAUGGCUUCAGAAGAUAGUGAUUCCACCCAUCCAAAGAGAGGAUCACUACCUCUUCACCAGAGCUCCCAGGCUACAGAUAUGGCACCCAGACCAUUACUGUCUCUGCAAAGUAUUGAAGGGAAAGCUCCCUUCCCGCCAUCCCGGAGAAGCUCCAUCAUGAGCAUCCUCAAUGCCCCGUUUUCAAGUAGGAGAAAUUCAUUGGCUGCUGGAGGACGGCGCCUUUCUAUUGGGCCCUGGAUGCAUUGCGGUCGAGUGAGUUUUUCUGGGCUACCGCUUUUUGAGCCUAUUCAGGAGGUGCACUAUGAGAACACCUACAAGACCCAGCCAGAUAAAGAUUGCAGGUUUAAUUCCUCACGCACACAGCAGAUUCUUGAGUCCAUUCUGGCCAGCUUCUUCAAUGAUGUCAAAUACAAUCCUGCAAAUAGUGGGCAGUUGGUCCAAAACCUGUCAGACCUCGUCAGGAGCAGGGUCAAAGAUCUAACCCCACCACGCUACAAACUUGUAUGUAAUGUCUUUCUGGGCCAGCUGGCCAACCAAGGGUUGCACAUUGCUAGUCGGUCCCUCUGGGAUGUAGAGAAUGAUAGCUUUGCUUCAGCCACUUUCACAAAUUCAUCGCUUUUUGCUGUAAUCACAGUUCAUGCAUUAUAUUAUGAAUGAAUCCGGCUUCUAAAGAUUAACUUCCCUUUCUCCUAAUUUUAUCUUGCUUGAGAUUAAGAUUGGUCAAAACCGGGGAUGUAUCUGGACAUAGUUUAAAGUAACAACAUAAGGUGCAAAACAUGUGUGCUAAAAUCAUAGAGCAGCAAAAGGAAAUCUGCCCCAGUGGGAGCUAAUGGUCAAUGCAUCUCUUUAAGAAUUCUUCUGUUCGACUGGCAGUUAGAAUUGUUUGGUUCUAC